CACUACUGUUCUUCUCCUUUUGCUCUUGGGACACCACCGCCGCGCAAAAAGCAGCUGCGUGCGAGCGGACUGCCACAGAGGAGGAGCUUUCGGCCGCAGUCUAAGAACACGGAGAGCCCAGGCCUGUGUUUGAAACCUGACAUUGUAAAGACGCUUCCUACUUUUGGAGGAGAGGCUCUUCUUCCAGGUGCCUGCGUGGAUUUGUGUUCCUCUUGAAAAGAAUGGCUGAUGUGUGCACCUGGCCUUUCUCCCCUAGGGCUUAGCAGUGGCCACCAUGGGUUCUGUGAAUUCCCGAGGUCACAAGGCAGAAGCCCAGGUGGUGAUGAUAGGCCUCGACUCAGCUGGCAAGACCACGCUCCUGUACAAACUAAAGGGCUACCAGCUGGUGGAGACCCUGCCCACUGUUGGUUUCAACGUGGAGCCGCUCAAAGCCCCGGGGCAUGUGUCUCUGACAAUCUGGGAUGUCGGGGGGCAGACCCAGCUGAGGGCCAACUGGAAGGACUACCUGGAAGGCACGGAUGUCCUCGUGUAUGUGCUGGAUAGCACAGAUGAAGCACGCUUGCCUGAGGCCGUGGCUGAGCUCGUGGGAGUCCUGAACGAUCCACACAUGGCCAGUGUCCCUUUCUUGGUGCUGGCCAACAAGCAGGAGGCGCCCGGUGCUCUGCCGCUGCUUGGGAUCAGAGACAGGCUGGGCCUGGAGAGAUUCCAGGACCGCAGCUGGGAGCUCCAGGCCUGCAGUGCCCUCACCGGGGCCGGGCUGCCUGAGGCCCUGCAGAGCUUGAGAAGGCUCCUGAAAUCCCGCUGCCACUGUGUUCCCACGUGAGUGCAGGUGCGGCAGGGAGUGGGGAGAGCAAGAAGACUGGGUCUGGGCAGAGCAGCGUGUCUGUGCCCAUACGAACUGAAAGCAGCUGGUCCUUGAGAAUCUGAAACUCAGUUUGUCAAAGAAGUCCUUCUGUGCUUGGACAGGAUAUUUUCUUCUUGGGGCUUAUUGUCACUAGAGUUUAUGCUGAAAACUAACUAUUCUUUGAAUAAUAAUACUCUAAGGGGGAAAAAUGCCUCGACAUGCUUCCUUUAAUAACUCAUUACCAAGGGUGAACUGAGCAAUUGUAAUAGAACAAUGAAUGGUCGCAUUACAAUUAAGACCUAAAUUCACAGAGGGAAAGGUUUCAAAAUCAGAUUAGAAUAUCAUCUGGACAUGGUCACGA